CCCCGUGAUCUUUAUCACGUGACGGAGUAGGCGUAUUUAAGCCCCUGGCGCGAGAUUCUCGGAGAACAGAAUAGCAGUCUCAACCAUAAGUCGUUUGUUACAACGGUCUCUUGAAAGAAAAAUGAGUUUCAGCGGAAAGCAGAAACACAGCCAGCAGAGGUCUAAUGAGAAUAUAAAGAGCUUUUUUACACCAUCUCAAAAGGCAAUGGGACCCCACAGGCAAACUCUACAGGUCCUCCAACUCUCAGCUGGCAAAAUAAAUCUGGGAAGGUCAACUCAGGUGGGAAAGGUAAUUCCAAAACGCAAACAGUGGAGCACAGAACAAACUAGAGGUCCGAAGAGGGUGAAGGCUGAAGUUAAAUCGACACAAACUGAAGAAACUCAGUGUUUGAAAGAUGGCAUGUCCAAUGAAGCAUAUGAACUUAUGGUUGUAGAAACGGCUCCUUCCUCCUACUGGAAAGAAAUGGCUGAGGAGCGUCGGAAGGCCUUGUACAAUAUUCUACAGGAGAACGAGAAGUUACACAAAGACAUUGAGGCCAAAGAUGAACAGAUAACACAGCUGAAGUGUGAAAAUGAAGAGCUGCAGGAGCUGGCACAACAUGUACAGUACAUGGCUGAUAUGAUUGAGAGGCUGACUGGGAAGAGCCCAGACAAUCUGGAGGAACUGCGGGGGAUUGCUCUUGAUGUGGAUGAGCAUGAUGACGGUGAAGUGGCAGGUCAAAGUGAGGAAGAAGACUCUGAUUACAGCCGGAGUCCUUCUGAGGAAGAGACCUCAGACCAUGAACAAGGACCCUCAGGAGAGCUGGAUUAACUGACAACUUUAUUUCAUGGGACUUUGAACUAGUUGUACAGGUCAGCAGAUUUUAGCUACAGGAUGUUUUGGCAGCAACAAGUGGCCAUCCAUUUGACUGAAUUGGCCCUUUAAUGUAAUAGUUUAUGUACUUAGUUUUUGAACGCUGCAAUUUUAUAUAAUUUUUUUUUAACACCUUGAACAGAUUGGGGCUGGUUGUAUUUUUAGGCUUUGCUGUAUUAAGUAAAGGGGUGUUUAAUACCAAGCUACUUUUCUGACAUUUCUACUAGACAGGAAAAGCACAGGUGUAAUUUAAUGAUGGCUGACGUUUUCGUUUCUAAAGAUGGCUUACUGGGGACACUUGACUAGACCUGAGCCAAUGUCAAUGUACUAGGGACAUUAUUUGUUGCAUCCAGGGAAUAACACUAAGCAUUGCAGCUUACCCUUGCCCGCAGGCCCCUUACCUGACUGUCAGAAACCAACUGAUAGGAGAAUUGACAACCAUGUGAAAGUAACGCCGGUGAAAUUCCUGAGUCAAAAGGUGUGCUGUGAAAAGCCUAUUGACAUUUUUUUAUUUUUUGUUUUUUCUUCCAACUGAUUUUUGCAUUCACUGCCAGAUGUGGUCUUGAGCAUGUCCUUGAAGAGUUUGUUUACACUGAAAUUGUGCAAUGUUAUAGCUCAGAUGUGUACAUAAGCCUAAUGUAAAAUAAAACCUUUUUAAAAACUUUC